CAGAAACACCGCCUGGGGAGUGUUGAGAGGAGUCUGCAUCCUAGUGACAGGAAGAAGGCACGGUCCGUCAGUUUGUGUUCUGCACGUCCUGUUGUAUACUUCGCCUUUCCAGCAGCACCAUGGCUGAACAGAAGGAAGUCAAAUACUACACUUUAGAGGAAAUAAAGCAACAUAACCACAGCAAGAGCACCUGGAUACUCCUCCACAACAAAGUGUAUGAUGUCACCAAGUUCCUGGAAGAGCAUCCAGGUGGGGAAGAAGUGCUGAGAGAACAAGCUGGCGGAGAUGCAACAGAGACUUUUGAAGACAUUGGUCAUUCGACAGAUGCAAGAAACAUGUCUAAAGAAUUUGUUAUAGGAGAACUUCACCCGGAUGAUCUAUCCAAAAUCCAGAAACCAUCUGAAACCUUCAUUACUACCACUGAUUCAGAUUCCAGCUGGUGGAGCAAUUGGAUAAUCCCUGGAAUAUCUGCAAUGAUCGUAGCCUUGAUGUAUCGUUUCUACAUGGUGUCUGAAUAAAUAGAAUAUGGGAACCACUGAGGAAACAACUCUGCUCCAAAUCACUUUGAUUGUGUACGAUCAUCAUUUUACGAUGGCCAUAAUGGAGCUGUUGUGAAUUUGCGCCUGUUCUUCAAGUGCAAUUUUUGUUCCCUUUAUUCAUGUUUUUGUACACAUAGAGGAGAAUAUGUGUCUUCUUUAUACAGUACUGGGCAAUUUUGCAAUCCAUUCUAAUUACAAACAUGUUAAUAGCUUCUUUAGACUUUUAAUAAAGAACAAUAACGAUAACAUUUGUUGAUCAGAAGUGGCAAAUGACUAGCACAUUUAAAGUUAACUGACAUUCCCUCAUAUCCAUUCUAGGUAGUCCAUAAUAAAUUGCAAACUGUUAUUCCAGCACAUAUCGUAAGUAUGGCAAUCUGUGACUCGUUUGCUUUUAGUCAUUAGUCCAAUAAAUAUGACGUGUUGAUUGGCUGGUGUAGGUUACAGCUGGAGCAGUUCGAUUCUGACUAAAGGCUCAAAAGAAUGUCCUCAUGCAUAGAGCCUCUUUUACCAUUGUGGUUGUCCACAGCUGUUCCUGGCUGUAGAGAUGUAUUGUCUCAUGCUCAUGAUAUUACUUUUGGGCAUUUUGGUUGAUACAGAAGCCUAGACAACCUUAAAGGAUCAGUAUACUACGGGGAAAAAAAAACCCAACACAUAUCUCCACUAUUAUGUGUGUAAUGUAAAUGUUUCAGAGGGAAACGGUACUGAUAUUUAAACCCAUACUUUCUGUCUUCAAAUCAAUUGGCAGGCUACACCUUACCCUUUAAAAUAAAAUAGUCCAAAUAUAGGCUAAGUUUCAGCAUAUCCAACUGAUUAAGCCAUGUGACAGUCGAUUGGGCUUUUGUAUGAUUUUAGAUGAUUUAGCAAUUCCGUCCAGUAUUCAUGGGUUUAUUAUAUAUUAUAUAUAUAUAAUAAACCCAUGAAUACUGGACGGAAUUGCUAAAUCACCGAAUUAAAAAUAAAUCUGCCAAUGUACAGGGCAUCAGCAGAUGAGAAAAUGAUCCUUUUACAUCCUGCUUUUCCUAAAGUUUGGGCUUAUGACCCCAAACCAGUGGAACAAUAGAAAUGUGAUCCUACCUAGUAUGGUGCCUUGAAUGGUAUCUGUCUACUCUUCCCAGUUAGACACUGUGGGGGUUAUUUAUUAAAGUCUGAAGGCCAAAAACUCAAAAAAAUCUACUAUGAAAUCCAAAAUUUUAGUGAAAAAAAAACAACUUGAAUUUUUUGGUAUUUAUUAUACCUUGAGGAUGAAAAAAAGUCAAAAUCUGAAAAUCCAGCAUCUCAGACCUGCCAAUGUUGUAUAUAAGUCAAUGGGAGAAGUCCUGAACAUAUUCUGAUCUGCGCUGGGUUUCUUGCAACAAUCCAAAGAUCUUUAAAAAAUUAAUCUGAUUCGAAUUUUUCUCAAGUUUUUUCCUGCACAGGAAAUUUUCAAGAAAUUGUAUUGAUAAAUUAGGGCAAAUAACCUGUGCGGAUUUGGUCGGAGUAUAUUUCAGAAAAUAACGAGAUAAAUUUGAAUUAUAUACACUGAUCUAAUCUAAUGUGUGCAGCAGGGUAAUCCUCCUACAUUGAAGCUCGAUUCAUACCUCAAAAAAGCACAGUUGCUUGCAACACUAAGGGACUCAUUUAUCAAAUUCUACCUGCAUAUAUUAAAAAUUUGCUGGGAUUUCUAGCAAUCAAUCCUAUUAGCCAAAUUAUUUAAUGGGCCAAUUUGAUCAAUUCAAACACUAUUCAUAUUAAGAAGCGAACAUUUCUCAUUCAUCUCUAAAAAUCAUUAGGUAAAUUCUGUUUAUGAUUCUACACUGACUUACAAUGUUCAUUAUAAUAAAACUUGUAUACAAAGAAGAAAACUUGACAAACUAGAUGGAUUUGUGCCUUUUUUGUGUCUGGGGAAAAACCCCUCUGCUCUUAUGUAACUAUAGCAAUUGUGACCAAUGUAAAAGCUGAUGUUUCAUGUAUUAAAAAGUGUAUUCAUAA